GAGGAGCGUGGAGCUCAUAGGUGUGCUGGGGCCGGGCCACUCCCAGGCCGCCUCUUCCCAUAGGGUGCGAGCCCUGGAGGUGCGCGUGAGUGAGUGUGUGAGUGGAAUGUAGCAGCCUGCUGCUGUGAGUGUGCGCGCGUGUGAGUGUGUGAGAGAGAGGAAGGACCUGCACAGGGCUGCCCAGGUGCUAGUUCCUCCGGCUGUAGAAGAACAGCGGGGUCCCGGAACUCGUGCGCUCAGAGGGAACGGUGCAAUAGAGCCGCGGAGGGUGGGACGAUGAACACUCUGCGGCUGAAAGAGUUGUCUAACUCGGACCUGUACAGGCGGAGGCAGGAGAGGCCGGACAGCUAUGGGGGUGGCCUGCCACGGGACCGACUAAGCAACAUGGCAAAUGCCCUGGCAAAUGCCAUCUGUGAGCGCUGCAAGAGUGGCUUUGCCCCGGCAGAGAAGAUUGUCAACAGCAAUGGGGAGCUGUACCAUGAGCAGUGCUUUGUGUGCGCGCAGUGUUUCCAGCAGUUCCCAGAGGGACUCUUCUAUGAGUUCGAGGGCAGGAAAUACUGUGAGCAUGACUUCCAGAUGCUGUUUGCCCCUUGCUGUCACCAGUGUGGGGAGUUCAUCAUUGGCCGUGUCAUCAAGGCUAUGAACAACAGCUGGCACCCCGACUGCUUCUGCUGCGACAUCUGCCAGGCGGUCCUGGCUGAUGUGGGCUUCGUCAAGAACGCGGGCAGGCAUCUGUGCCGCCCCUGUCAUAACCGGGAGAAGGCCCGUGGUCUGGGCAAGUACAUCUGUCAGAAGUGCCACGCCAUCAUCGAUGAGCAGCCGCUCAUCUUCAAGAAUGACCCUUACCACCCUGACCACUUCAACUGCACCAAUUGUGGCAAGGAGCUGACGGCGGACGCCCGAGAGCUGAAGGGCGAGCUGUACUGCUUGCCCUGCCAUGACAAAAUGGGCGUGCCCAUCUGCGGGGCCUGCAGGAGACCAAUCGAGGGCCGCGUGGUCAAUGCCAUGGGCAAGCAAUGGCACGUGGAGCAUUUUGUGUGUGCUAAGUGUGAAAAGCCCUUCCUGGGACACCGUCACUAUGAGAGGAAGGGACUGGCCUAUUGUGAGACGCACUACAACCAGCUCUUUGGUGAUGUUUGUUACCACUGCAACCGUGUCAUUGAAGGAGACGUGGUAUCAGCCCUGAACAAGGCCUGGUGUGUCAAUUGCUUCGCCUGUUCCACCUGCAACACCAAACUGACCCUGAAGAACAAAUUUGUGGAGUUUGACAUGAAGCCGGUGUGCAAGAAGUGCUACGAAAAGUUCCCCCUGGAGCUGAAGAAGAGGCUGAAGAAGCUGGCGGAGACAGUGGGACGCAAGUAGACAUCGACACCCCCAGAGGGAACCAAUGAUCAGCGGGGCUGUGCAUGCCUAUCAAGCCGAAUACUGAAGCGCUAAUCUGCUAUAAACUAGUUUCCCAUGUGCUCUGUCUAUUUUAUUCAUGUAUGUCCUGUAUUAGAAACAAUCAGAAAUGUUGAGGUCACCAUUUUAACAAGGGCUAACUAAUUUUUUCUGUUUCGCGUGAACGCAUAGCAUUGAAAUGCUUUCUUUGGUUACUUGAUAAGAUUAAAUGUACACACAAAACAAUG